UUUUCUUCUUUAAGCAGCCCAGCCAGAGAAAAGCAUUUCUGCUAGUCUUGCUUGCUUCUUCCUUCUUCUCUCUAAUUUUGGUUGCCCUGAAGCUUCAGCCAGGCUUUCAACUGAAUAUCCAUUGGAAUUGGAAUGCCACCGCACCGGACCGCAAUUGGAGGCCUCGAUCCAAUCCUGUAACGAGAAGGGAAUUCCCUGUUAGAUCCGUACCCUGUUUCUUGUAUAAACUUCAACUUAUUUGAAAUUGUUGGACAAAAUUUAGACUGAAAAAAAAUGCUGAGGUUAAAGGCUUUUCGUCCCACAAAUGAUAAGAUCGUCAAGAUCCAAAUGCACCCAACUCACCCCUGGCUUGUCACCUCCGAUGCAUCCGAUCACGUCUCCGUUUGGAAUUGGGAACACCGCCAGGUGAUUUAUGAGCUGAAAGGUGGGGGUGUUGAUGAGAGGCGUUUGGUUGGUGCUAAAUUGGAGAAGCUCGCAGAGGGCGAGUCAGAGCCUAAAGGGAAACCUACAGAAGCAAUCAGAGGUGGGAGUGUUAAGCAGGUAAGCUUUUAUGAUGAUGAUGUGCGGUUUUGGCAACUUUGGCGCAACCGCUCUGCUGCUGCUGAGGCUCCAUCUGCUGUGAAUAAUGUUACUUCGGCUUUUAGUACUCCAGCUCCUUCAACUAAAGGACGGCAUUUUCUUGUAAUAUGUUGUGAGAACAAAGCCAUUUUUCUAGAUUUGGUGACAAUGCGUGGGCGUGAUGUUCCAAAGCAAGAUCUUGACAACAAAUCACUUCUUUGUAUGGAAUUUCUAGCAAAGUCGGCGGCUAAUGAGGGUCCUCUAGUGGCUUUUGGUGGAUCAGAUGGUGUAAUAAGAGUCCUUUCAAUGAUAACGUGGAAGCUUGCUCGUAGGUAUACUGGAGGUCACAAGGGGUCAAUUGCUUGUUUGAUGACCUUCAUGGCUUCAUCUGGCGAGGCAUUUUUGGUUUCUGGCGGUAGUGAUGGUUUGCUUGUCCUCUGGAGUGCAGAUUAUGGGCAUGAUUCACGAGAACUUGUGCCUAAGCUGAGCUUAAAAGCCCAUGAAGGUGGUGUUACAGCUGUCGAGCUGUCUAGAGUGAUUGGUGGUGCACCCCAGCUAAUCACAAUUGGUGCAGACAAAACUUUAGCUAUCUGGGACACGAUUUCGUUUAAGGAAUUGCGUCGAAUAAAACCUGUGUCAAAAUUGGCUUGUCAUAGUGUGGCAUCCUGGUGCCAUCCUCGGGCUCCCAACCUUGACAUCCUAACCUGUGUCAAGGAUUCUCAUAUAUGGGCUAUUGAGCACCCAACUUACUCUGCUCUUACAAGGCCAUUAUGCGAACUGUCCUCAUUAGUGCCACCUCAACUACUUGCAUCUCAUAAGAAGCUAAGAGUCUAUUCUAUGGUUGCACAUCCUCUUCAGCCUCAUUUUGUUGCUACUGGAACCAAUAUUGGUAUCAUUGUUUGUGAGUUCGAUCCUAGAUCUCUUCCACCUGUAGCUGCACUGCCAACAGCUCCAGGAAGCCGAGAACAUGCUGCUGUAUAUGUCAUUGAGAGGGAAUUGAAGCUAGUACAAUUUCAAUUAUCUAAUACAGUGAAUCCGGCACUUGGGAGUAAUGGUUCCUUGAGUGACACCGGAAGGAUCAGGGGAGAUGCACCUGAUCAACUGCAUGUUAAGCAAAUCAAAAAGCAUAUUAGUACUCCCGUUCCACAUGAUUCAUACUCGGUUCUUUCUGUGAGCAGUUCUGGGAAGUACCUGGGUAUUGUGUGGCCUGACAUUCCAUACUUCUCCAUUUACAAGGUCAGUGAUUGGUCAAUUGUUGAUUCAGGCAGUGCAAGGCUUUUGUCUUGGGACACGUGUCGAGAUAGGUUUGCGAUACUUGAAUCUGCUGUAACUCCUAGAAUGCCUAUAAUGCCUAAAGGCUCGUCAAGAAAAGCUAAGGAAGCUGCUGCUGUUGCAGCACAAGCAGCUGCAGCUGCUGCUUCAGCUGCUUCAUCCGCCAGUGUUCAAGUUCGCAUACUUCUGGAUGAUGGGACAUCAAAUAUAUUGAUGAGGUCAGUUGGCAGUCGCAGUGAACCAGUCAUUGGUUUGCACGGGGGUGCACUACUUGGUGUUGCUUAUCGAACGUCGCGAAGGGUCAGUCCUGGGGCUGCUACUGCUAUUUCAACAAUUCAGUCAAUGCCCUUGUCCGGCUUUUCAAGUGCUGUUUCCUCUUUCAGUGCUUUAGAUGAUGGUUUUUCUUCUCAGAGACCUUCAACUGAAGCAACACCAUUGAACUUCCAACUAUACAGCUGGGAGAGUUUCCAGCCAGUUGGUGAUCUUCUUCCUCAGCCUGAAUGGACUGCAUGGGAUCAAACAGUUGAGUAUUGUGCUUUUGCCUAUCAGCAUUACAUAGUCAUAUCUUCUUUGCGUCCUCAGUAUCGGUGUUUGGGAGAUGUGGCAAUUCCUCAUGCUACUGGGGCUGUUUGGCACCGGAGGCAGUUAUUUGUUGUCACACCGACUGCGAUAGAGUGUGUUUUUGUUGAUGCUGGUGUUGCACCUAUUGAUAUAGAAACCAAGAAAAGAAAAGAAGAGAUGCGACUUAAAGAGGCUCAGGCAAGAGCUGUUGCAGAACAUGGGGAAUUAGCAUUAAUUACAGUUGAUAGCCAGCAAACUACAUCACAAGAUAGGGUAAAAUUGAGACCGCCAAUGCUCCAAGUUGUGCGAUUAGCUUCUUUUCAGCAUUCUCCCUCUGUGCCUCCAUUUCUAAGUUUGCCAAAGCAAUCUAAAGGUGAGAAUGAUGAUUCAGCAAUGCCAAGAGAGGCGGAAGAAAGGAAAGUCAAUGAAGUUGCUGUUGGUGGUGGUGGGGUUGCUGUUGCAGUUACUCGGUUUCCAGGUGAGCAAAAGCGACCAGUUGGACCUCUUGUAGUUGUGGGUGUUCGAGAUGGUGUCCUUUGGCUUAUAGAUAGGUACAUGUGUGCCCAUGCAAUAUCCCUUGGCCAUCCUGGUAUUCGUUGCCGAUGUCUUGCAGCCUAUGGAGAUGCAGUUAGUGCAGUGAAAUGGGCUAGUAGGCUGGGCAGAGAACAUCAUGAUGAUUUAGCACAGUUCAUGCUUGGGAUGGGUUAUGCUACUGAAGCACUUCAUUUGCCCGGGAUAUCCAAGAGGCUGGAAUUUGAUCUGGCCAUGCAGAGCAGUGAUCUUAAAAGAGCUCUUCAAUGCCUUCUAACAAUGAGCAACAGCAGGGAUUUAGGACAAGAAACUCUUGGUUUGGACUUGAAUGACAUCAUGAGUCUAAAUGCAAAAAAGGAAAAUGUUGUCGAUGCUGUAGAAGGGAUAGUUAAAUUUGCGAAGGAAUUUUUGGAUCUUAUAGAUGCUGCAGAUGCAACUGCUCAAGCUGACAUUGCCCGUGAAGCUCUUAAGCGUUUAGCUGCUGCUGGGUCCUUGAAGGGAGCUUUACGUGGACAUGAGUUGCGAGGACUUGCUUUGCGUCUUGCAAAUCACGGGGAGUUGACAAGGCUGAGUAAUCUGGUCAACAAUAUGAUAUCGGUCGGCUCAGGGAGGGAAGCAGCAUUUGCUGCUGCUGUUUUGGGAGACAAUGCUCUCAUGGAGAAAGCAUGGAAGGAAACUGGGAUGCUUGCUGAGGCUGUGCUCCAUGCUCAGGCUCAUGGGCGACCUACACUGAGGAGUUUGGUUCAGGAAUGGAAUAAAGAGCUACAGAAGGAGAUGGAACCCAUUCCCUCAUCGAAAACAGAUGCUGCUACUGCAUUUCUGGCUUCCCUCGAGGAACCUAAGUUCACAAGUUUGGCCGAUGCUGCAAAGAAGCCCCCAAUUGAAAUUCUGGCUCCAGGAAUGGCAUCUCUGUAUGGUCCUAAUCCUGGUCAGGGCAAACCUCCUCCAGCCGCUCAAGGUCAAAAGCAGCAGACGGCUAAGCAGUUGCUCUUGGAAGGACCAAAUGCCACUGCUCAAAAUGCAUCGGCUCAAUCCGAAACGGUUGCCCCAACUACAUCAGAAUCCAUUGCUCCGCCCAAAUCAGAUUCUGAUGCUCCGAAUACAUCACAAUCAGGUACCGCACCUACAUCAGAGUCUAGUGUGCCACCUUCUGAGUCAGGUGCGACCUCAUUGGAGGCGGACACUUCAGUUCCUCCAGAAUCAAAUACUCAAGUACCUGCAGAGUCAAAUGGAAAAGCUGCAGAAAACCAAAGGCCCGUUUCAUCAACUGGUGUCGACAAUCCAAAUGCAACACCAGAAAGUGUGCCUUCGGUAUCUAGUAAUAGUCCAUCCACAUCAGACACUGCUUCCCAUCCGCCAAACAAUCAGGGUUCAGAUGUUAACUCAGCACCUCCAAUGAUUGAUUUCUCUUGACGGGCAGUCUACCUGCUGAUUGCGUUAUUACCUGUGUACACUAGUCACUCUUUUUAUUCAGCCCACUGUAUAGAGAAACUUUGUGAUUUGAACGCUUGUCUUAUGCGAUAGGGAGCUUCACGAUUGUACACAUUUCUUGAAAUUGGUCGGUGGGAGGUUUUGCUCCCAGCGCCCAUUGUAGUUGCAUACCGGGGACGACAAUGUUUUGUGCGAGUACUGAGUACUCCUCCUUUUGUACACACUAGUUUGUCAAAUUUUUGUCUUUACUUUUUUUUUUUUUUUGGUUUUCUUGUGUAGAGAUUCUAGUAGACUGAUGACAGCUUGCAGUUUAUAGAA